AUGGCAAUCAACAAUAUAGACUUGUUUCUUAGUCGCCCGAGAAAAGUAUUAAAAGCCUUGGGCAUCUGGUUCCCGCCUGAAAACUAUUUAUUGUUGCACGCACUUUAUACAAUUUUAAUAAUGCUAACGCAGUACGCGUUCAUUUUGUUUGAAUUCAUUUAUAUAGCUGGUGUGUGGGGAGACAUUGACUCCAUGUCGGAAGCCUCGUACCUGCUUUUCACACAAGCUUCGGUAUGCUAUAAAGUGACUGUGUUCAUUGUUAAUAGAAAGAAUCUAACAAUAUUAUUUGAGUUUAUGAAAUCUGAAAUUUUUGCGCCACAAACAAAGCAACAUGAGCUGAUCCUAAUUAAAAGUUCUCAAAAAAUCAAGAACUAUUGCAUGUUCUUUCUGACGACCGCGUUGGCAACUGUCACUUUAUGGGCGCUGAUGCCCCUACUCGAUAAUGCUGGUGCCAGAUUUUUCCCGUUUAGAAUUUGGAUGCCAAUUGGUCCAGAGAAAUCGCCGCAGUACGAACUGGGCUACUUGUACCAGAUGAUGAGCAUCUACAUCAGCGCUUCUUUGUUCUUCGCCGUGGACAGCGUAACGCUUGGCAUGAUUAUGUUUGGUUGCGCACAACUGGAGAUCAUUAUUGAUAAAUUACAAGAGGUGCAAGAAAUACCGCUAUCUACAAAAUUAAGAAACGAAGAAAAGAUUAAAAUAACUAAGCGUAACAAUGAAUUGCUCGUCGACUGCAUCUCUCAACAUCAGACUGUUAUAAGAUUAAUAGAAACUGUGGAAAAUACAUACCACGCGAACAUAUUCUUUCAGCUGAGUGGAACUGUUGCCAUUAUAUGCAUCAUUGGCCUUCGUAUAACCAUGUCGGAGCCAAGUAGUGUGCAGUUCUACUCCAUGCUGAUCUACAUGGUGACCAUGCUGUCGCAGCUGUUUUUAUACUGCUGGUGCGGCAGCGAGCUAACGACACGGAGUCAAGAGCUGCGCGACAGGUUGUACCAAUGCCCCUGGUACGAUCAGGAUAUAUACUUCAAGAAGUUGCUUCUCUUAACUAUGGAGUGUAUGAAGAAACCUAUAAUCUUUAAAGCUGGACACUAUAUUCCGCUUUCGAGACCUACAUUCGUAUCGAUUUUACGCACCUCGUAUUCAUACUUUGCAGUAUUAAACCAAACGCAUAACUAA